AUGUCCCAGAAAAUCCGACCAGCGUUGGCUCUAUGGGGCACUCGGAUGGCUUUCAUGUCAUAUGGGUGGGACGCAGGAGUGCUGGGGGGUGUUCUGGAAACUGCACCGUUUCAGGAUGCAAUGAAGCACCCAUCUACCACUACUCUGUCGAUGAUUGUGGCAGCCUUUCUGCUUGCUUCAUGGCUAGGUUGCUGUAUCGUCGCCUCACCCUGGAGUGAUAGAGUUGGGCGGAGAAUGUGGGUUAUUUCAGGAGCAGCUAUCCAAAUUGUCGGGACGAUUAUAUCGACCGCCAGCUAUUCCUCGGGACAAAUGAUUGCCGGUCGCACUAUCAUUGGUAUUGGAAAUGGCAUUGUUGUUGCCUCUGCGCCCGUAUACAUUGCUGAAAUUACUCCAGCCACUAGCAUGAGAGGACCAUUGAUAGGUAUUUUGAUGGGCUUUGCCUGCACUGGAACAACUCUGGCUUAUUGGGUCGACUUUGCAUUCACACAUGCAAGCGGCCAAGUUGUAUGGCGUGUUCCUGUUGGACUGCAGGUCAUCUGGUCUUUGCUAACCAUCAUCCUUACAUGGCCUAAUAUGGACUCUCCACGAUGGUAUUAUCUCAGAAAUCGUGACGGGGAAGGGCUGAACGUUCUUCAGCAGCUCUAUCCAGACCAAGAGGUUGCUUUGAGAGUCCAAGGUGAAAUUUUGAAGGAGUUGCGGGAAGAGAAAGAGGAGAAGCUCCAACUAUCCAACCUCAUCUUUGAUAAGUCUCCGACGCAAGCAAUGAGGCGUAUUCGAGACGGUGUUGUACUUGUUGGUGUCGCGUAUCUGAUGGGCAUUAACAUGAUUUUCUACUACAUGACCACAAUCUUCCACGUUUACAUCGGCCUUCCCGCGAAAACAUCUUCCUGCUUGUCUGGGGCGGCAACGACCCUUCUCGCCAUCGGUGUUUUCGUAGGUUCCUAUUUCUGUGAAAAGUCUGGCCGUCGCAAGUGGCUUCUUUGGGGAUCUGCCACCCAAUCUGUUUUCAUAAUAGCUUUCACGGGCCUUCUUGCCGCCGGAAAAAAGACGACUUCUUCAGCAGCUGCCGCUAUGUUGUUUGGCUGGAUUUUGGUUUUCAGCCCAACUUGGGCUCCUUUACCUUACAUCUACGUCAGCGAGACGAUGCCACUGCGGCACCGCCAUACCGGUGUCGGCCUCAGUAUGUCAUCCCAAUGGCUUAUGGCGUUUCUCACCGUGUACGCGGGACCAAUUGCAAUCGCGAAUGUUGGAUGGAAGGCGUGGAUUUGGUUUGCAGUGUUCAACGUUGCUGCUUUCCCCUAUGUGUACUUCUUCAUCCGGGAGACUCGAGGAAGAUCUCUCGAAAAUAUGAACGACCUUUUUGGAGACGAACACCUCAUUGAUGGGAAUAGUAGUUCCGGUGAUACUUCUGAUGAUGUCAAAGAAGUCAAAGCAGCACCAGUUAGCAAGGCUUGA